AUGAGCAGAGGUAUCGACAACAACAGGAGGAAGAAGAAGACGGAAGACGACGAGGUUGAAGAGCUGCUGCGCGCGGCAGAGGAUGAUGUGUUCCUCAAGCUCAGCCUCAAUUCCCAUAUGGCUCGUGGUUCUUCUUCCACCCAAUUCAUCGAUCCAGAUCUCGAUCAACGUUUCCGUGCCCUCAAAUCCAAAACCAAAAACCCUAUUCCCCAACAACCACGUUCAACCUCUACAGCUUCCGAUGUUAACUUGUUUCCCAGAUUUGCAGCUCUCAAAAGCUCCCUUCCCGCUUAUUCUUCGGAGAAUGAAGAGGAUGACGAUGAAGUUGAGAAGGUGAUUAAGUGGGCCAUUGAUGCUGCUAGGCUUGACCCUUCACCUCCCUCUGACACUGAUGAAGAUGAAAAUAGUGAGGAUGAUGUCAGGCAUAUAAGCGGAAAUGAUUUAUGA